GGAAACUGAUUCAACCAUCGAAUUAUCUAUCCAGAUUAGUCGGGAUUGGUUUAGUGCCGAGUUUCCAAAGCCUGCUGUUAACCGGCUUAUCCCGUUUAACGGAGAAUGGCUGGAACGGGUCGUUAUACAACCCGUAAUAUGCAGGCAAAGGAGACGGAAGCUGUGAUUGUACAAAAAAACUUUCACACCCCGUUCAUCGUUGGUUUGAAUCGUUGGAAACAACCGUCAGCCGUUUGACGUACGCCACGUCGAGAUUACGAUCGUUUUAUUGACCGCUAUCGAUGGCGUGAUUACGUUGCAAUAUGCAUAUAUAGGUACACGUUGAUUACCAUAAAUACUGCGGGAAGAUUGAACGUGAAAUGGAACGUUCAUGCGUGUCAAGUUGUACCGUAUAUCUAUAGCCACUGAAAUUGAAUCGAUAGUGGAGAGGCUGCAUAUUAUACAUAAGUAUAUAGGCGGAUGUUAUCAUCGUUGUACGCAUGCAGGUAUUGACGUUCAUAAUUGUAUGCGUACACGCGUGUAGGUAUAACACACUUCGUCGAGGGUAGUUAUAAAUUAUGCGACGUUGACUUUGCAGCAACAAUAUCGAUGAGCGAACUGGGUCUGAAGUUUCCUCGACUGUCAACGAUUCCAGUUCAGUCACGACUUUUGCAAGCAAUAUCAUGCAACGCGGUAAACGAACAGGUGCGGACAAUUUCAGUCUUCUCCAGAAUCAACAACGCCUGUCGUCUCUUCGACAAUGUGUAUAUUAUUGUUCGGUAAUCCGUAGAGCGGAAGCCUUGGAUUUGUCGGAACAGGAACGUGUUGGUAGAUUAGUAGAUCGUUUGGAGAACAUGAAACGUAAUUGUGUGAGUUCUGGAAACCUGUCCACGAGUGAACAUUCGUAUAGUCGCUACUCCUGUGCUCUUUGCGGUGAAAAAUUCACCGUUCUUGGGGCUGGUCCCGCGAUAUGCAAAGACUGUAGGAAGCAUAUUUGCCAAAAAUGUGGUAUAGAGGCGACAACGAUGCCCUGUGGAACACAACAGGCAGCAGGUUCGACUCAGAAUUCUCAACGACCGAGGUUAUUCCUUUGCCGAAUAUGUUCCGAGACGAGAGAAAUGUGGAAGAAGAGCGGCGCUUGGUUUUUCAAAGGACUUCCCAAAUACGUUUUGCCAGAAAAAAAAGUGGAUCGAGGUAGAUCAAGACGGAGUUCUCGGGCAUCAUCAUGGGCGGUUGUGAAUAAUUUAAGGCCUUUAGAAUCCGGGGAGCCAGAUUCUUCCUCUGACGAAGACAUAGGCCGUCGUCUUGCGAUGAGUCGUUCCCUCGGACCCAACGAUGUCCCUUUGACCCCUGGAUCCGAUGACAAGUAUCGUUCCUCAACGCCAGUUUAUGCGUCAAGGGAUGUUUACAGUCGACAGAAUUCUAGCAACACGGGAGAUUCCAGUAAUAACGGUAUCCGAUCGGCGGAAAUCGAUGGAAAUCAGCAGGGCCAGUUUCCUUCGUCUACGUCGCUGCAACCGCUCGCGCAAUCACCACGGGGUCAUCCUGUGGGAAUGCAAGGUAGAAAUUUCGUCCCGUUCCAAUCGCAAACGACAAACGCUGUCGAUCAACGUCAGUCGUCUUCUGACCAACUGAACUGCAAUCAGGUACACAGCUUCAGGAGAGAUUCUCUAGAGUCGAGCAGCAGCCAGGGAUUCCUAACGUUGGACCAACAUCAGGAUCACAAUCUCCUGCACUAUCACGAACAGGACCCGGAGAUUUCAAUCACGAACAACGAGGGUCAGAUCAUCAACAGUCACAACCAGUACCAUGCCUUGCAGCAAAUAGUUCGGGGACUAGCUGCGUCAGCGGGGGAUGGAUACGGGACACUGGAAGUCUCGUUGCUAUACGACCUCGCGGCACAGUACCUCCAGUGCAAAGUACAACGUGCCCGAGGUCUGCGUCCUAUGGAUAUCCACGGGCUGACAGAUUCAUUUUGCAAGCUCAAUAUCCUACCCGUCGCGAUCGGAAGCCCCUCGCAACGACUGAGGACAAAAACGGUCCACAAGACGCGGGAUCCGGAAUACAACGAGACGGUCACCUUUUACGGUAUCACGGAGACAGACAUGAAAAAUGGCAGGGCACUGCAUAUAUUGGUUCUUCAAGACGAUCGAGCGGGCAAGGAUUUUCUAGGGGAGGCGAAACUUCCGCUUUAUCAAUUGCAGCCGUAUCGGACGAUUCACUACAAUGUUUACCUGGAGAGUCAUCUCCAGUCGGAUCACGAAGAGGAAGUUUGGGGAGAGGAUCUGAGCCCGCGGGGUCGAAUUCUGGUGACCUUGAGCUACAGUACUCGCAGGCGCGCUCUUUUAGUCAACGUUUCGCGCGCUGUGAAUCUGCCGGCAAUGGACACCAACGGGUUCUCUGACCCCUUCGUGAAACUGUACCUGAUAAAAAGACCAGAAGACAAUUCUCAACACCAAACGAGCGUUCCUAUCGUACAGGACAAGAAGAAGGACGCCAGGAAAGCAGUAUCCGCAAUUUACACUACAGGAGUCAAGUGGAAGACCCUAAACCCAGAAUGGAACGAAGAGUUCGCUUUCGAGACCCGGCUCACGGACCUCACGAGCCAGAUGCUGUGCCUCUCCGUUUGGGACAAGGACUUCGGCAAGAGCAACGACUACCUGGGAGGUCUACUGCUGAGCUGCAGCAGCAAAGGAGAACGUUUGAGACAGUGGAUAGACGCGAUCAAGUUCCCAGAUCAUCACCACCAGGCGUGGCACAAUCUGCAAGAGGAUCCAAUUCCAACAGAAUGAAUAAUUACUCUAAGCCCUGAGCCGUCGAUUGUCCGUUGAGAAUAAUUGUUCACAUCGCUCAUGAGCAAAUAACGAUUGGAAAUCCGAAGUACUACCUAUCGAUUGUGUAUCUAUAAUUGUGCCAAAUCGCGGUGCGUUUGACCCCUAAAGACGAUGCAUCGAACCCUACAAAGUUCGAGUCUGACGUUGGUGAAAUUGUAUCAGUUCACAACCAAUCAGAGAUUAUUGAAAUUGUGAAUGGGCAUAGUUUUUUAUAACAGCCUACAAAUUUGCCACGUACACGCUGUCGUAUAUUGAUAAUCUGGACAGAAAAUUUAAUUAUCGCUUUAAUCGUCGCAUCCGGUCAACAGCUGAAAUAAUAAAUUUACUCAGCCAAUUGAAUUUUGAAUCCAAACGUAAAAGAACCUGUACUGUGAGAUGCUAGUUGAGAAGUCAUGACGCAUAGUUCGCUAGAUUAUUAUGAAAUAUGUUGGGUUGUUGAGUAAUAUGUAAAGGCAAAGUAUAGCGAGCAAAGGCCUGAUAACGUAAAUUGUUAACGUAUGCUUUGUCAUUGUUAUAGGUAAAUUUGAAAGAUUUCAGCCUCCUCUGAUCUAGAGAUAAUAGAUAAUAUUUAACAUAGUAAAAAUUAAUUCAAUCCUGUCUAAGGUAAGAACUCUUUAAAAGGAAAAAAUCUAACAUACGUAUAUCCUGUCUUAUUCUGAAAAUUGUUCUUCAUCCAAAUAAUUGACGAUGAGACGAACGACGAGUGAUAAACGAAACAUACGAGAUUUCGAAUUAGUUAAAUUAAUCAGUUUCAAUAAUUAAAAAUCAUUAGGAAAUAAUUCUAUAUUAAAACAAGAUCACGUUUCAUCACUAACAAUCAUACAUACGUAUAUGUAAACAUAAUCAACCGGCAACACCUCAAAUCACGCUUUACCAUGACUAUAAUAAUUGUUGAUGAUUAUUGAAAUUGAGCUAAGCCCUGUAUUCAAAUUUCCAGUAAACGAUAAAUGAAUAAUAAAAUAA